CAAUAUACGCGUUAUACAGUUGACAUCCGAAACAAACGCGUUUCAGGGGCACACGUGUAAUCUGAGAUUCCGUGAAUGCUCACCGCUUUUUCCCAGAGCUUAGCCCCAGUAGCGACCGAGUGUGUGUCUGCCAAUCCCUCUCUGUGUCUCCUCUCCUGCUGCUACUCCAGAGAAGGAAAGUAUGCGAAACUGCAACUGAGUGGCGUUGUUGCGCCGGCAGCGAGGGCUCUUCUGUCCCUGCACACGAGAGUGAGAGCGGUCGGAGCUGGGGAAGCAGCUGGGAAAUGCCCAGAAAUACUUUCACAGCGGUCAAGCCCGGAGAGCCCUGACUUUCCACUUCCCCUCUUAUGGCCUGGCCUCGCGCUUAAGCCGGUCCCGCGGGCGCUCGCUCGGUGUGUGUCUCGCUGUCACACACCUGCCGGGCGAUGCCAAUGGCCGGGCUGCCCGCCGGGGCUGCGCGCCUUUCUCCCUCAGCAGCGGCCGGCUGCUCCUCGUCACUGUGCUUGGUAUGUCUUCGGAGGCGGCGGAGCCUGGGCUCUCUCCGCUCCUCGGCUUAUGGUCGGCGGCGGCAAGAGCAGCAGCAGCAGCGCCGCUAGCAAGCGAGCAGAGCGAAGCAACCUGCGCCAGGACUGCUGCGCCGGGGAGCGGGAGCCCGCAAUGCAUUGGCCUCAGUACUUUUCCUCAGCCUGCUUGCCUACGCGGGGCCAUUGCUGCCGCCGCCGACGCCGCCGCUGCUGCUGCUAGACACAACACCACACACCAACACCAGGAGGGGGAAAAGUAAGGAAGAGAGGAAAGGGGGGAAAAAAGCCCAGGAAGAUGGCGCCCACCAAGCCGAGCUUUCAGCAGGAUCCUUCCAGGCGAGAACGAAUAACUGUCCAGCAUCCUCUGCCCAACCAAUCAGAAUGUAGGAAAAUCUACAGAUAUGACGGAAUCUACUGUGAAUCUACCUACCAGAAGGACUGCUACUGACCCACCAGCCUAUGCCUGCUUGACAGUGGUAAUUGCAUCACCCAGAAACUCAUGCCUGAUGGACCCUUCCAACAUGGGCCAGCUGCCAGCCUCAGUCUCCCAGUAUAGUUUACAAGCCUUGAGAAAGGAAAAGUCUCGGGAUGCUGCUCGUUCUCGCCGAGGAAAGGAAAAUUUUGAGUUCUACGAGCUGGCCAAAUUGUUGCCGCUCCCUGCAGCCAUUACCAGCCAGCUUGACAAGGCAUCCAUAAUUCGACUAACAAUUAGCUAUUUGAAGAUGAGGGACUUUGCUAAUCAGGGGGAUCCUCCAUGGAACUUGCGAAUGGAAGGACCACCACCCAACACAUCAGUAAAAGGGAUACAAAUGUGGAAAUCUGAGGUCUGCAUGAGAAAGACACCAUGUGAAGUUAUAGGUGCCCAGCGCAGGAGAAGCCCCAGUGCACUUGCCACUGAAGUAUUUGAGUCACAUUUGGGAAGUCACAUUUUACAGUCCCUGGAUGGAUUUGUAUUUGCACUAAACCAAGAGGGAAAAUUUUUAUACAUUUCGGAAACAGUCUCUAUCUAUCUAGGCCUAUCCCAAGUGGAACUGACAGGCAGCAGCGUGUUUGACUACGUCCACCCAGGAGACCAUGUGGAGAUGGCAGAGCAGCUGGGCAUGAAGCUUCCCCCGGGGCGAGGCCUUCUCUCGCAGGGAACAGCAGAGGAUGGAGCCAGCUCAGCAUCUUCAUCUUCUCAGUCUGAGACCCCUGAGCCAGUGGAAUCCACAAGCCCCAGCCUACUUACAACAGACAACAAUCUAGAGCGUUCUUUUUUCAUCCGGAUGAAAUCUACCCUGACUAAGCGAGGUGUGCACAUCAAAUCUUCAGGAUAUAAGGUGAUUCAUAUAACAGGAAGGUUACGUCUGAGAGUGUCGCUGUCCCAUGGGCGGACAGUUCCUAGCCAAAUCAUGGGGCUUGUAGUUGUUGCUCAUGCUUUGCCCCCUCCUACGAUCAAUGAAGUCAGAAUCGACUGCCACAUGUUUGUUACUCGAGUAAACAUGGACCUCAAUAUCAUUUACUGUGAAAAUAGGAUUAGUGAUUACAUGGAUCUGACGCCUGUAGAUAUCGUAGGGAAGAGAUGUUACCACUUCAUUCAUGCUGAAGAUGUUGAAGGAAUCAGGCACAGUCAUUUAGACUUGCUGAACAAGGGUCAGUGUGUAACAAAAUAUUACCGCUGGAUGCAGAAGAAUGGGGGUUAUAUUUGGAUACAGUCUUGUGCCACCAUCGCUAUAAAUGCCAAGAAUGCAAAUGAGAAGAACAUCAUCUGGGUCAAUUACCUUCUCAGCAACCCAGAAUACAAGGACACUCCGAUGGAUAUUGCACAACUUCCUCAUCUGCCAGAGAAAACCUCAGAAUCCUCUGAGACUUCAGAUUCUGAAUCAGAUUCAAAGGACAAUUCAGAGGACAAUGAGAAUUCAAAGUCAGAUGAAAAAGGAAACCAGUCAGAAAACAGUGAAGAUCCUGAGUCAGAUAGGAAGAAGUCUGGGAAUCAGUCAGAUAAUGAAAUGAACUGUAAUGAGGAUGGUAACAGCUCCAGCAACCAGGACAGCAGAGACAGUGAUGACAGCUUUGAAAACUCUGACUUUGAGAAUCAAAAGGCUCCAGAGGAUAGUUUUGGCACGCUUGGUUCUAUGCAGAUCAAGGUGGAGCACUAUGUGGAGAGCGAAUCGGACUUGCGGUUACAGAACUGUGAAUCGUUGACCUCGGACAGUGCCAAGGACUCAGACAGUGCAGGAGAAGUCAAUGCCCAGUCUUCCAGCAAACAUCAAAAGAGGAAGAAGAGGAGGAAAAAGCAGAAAGGAGGCAGCAUGACUCGCAGAAGGCUCUCAAGCACCUCAAGCCCCAAUGGACUUGACUCAGCAUUGGUUGAUCAGCCCCAGCUGCUCUCAUCACCAAACAGUGCCUCAGUGCUCAAAAUCAAAACAGAGAUCUCAGAACCUAUCAAUUUUGAUAACGAUAGCAGUAUUUGGAAUUACCCACCCAACAGGGAAAUCUCAAGGAAUGAAUCGCCCUACAGUAUGACCAAGCCCCCAAACUCAGAGCACUUCCCCUCUCCCCAAGCCAGCAGUAGUUUACAUGUCUCCAUUCCAGACUCUGUUCUCACCCCACCAGGGACUGAAAAUACUGCCAGCCGCAAAUCUCAGUUCAGCACCUCAUCCAACUCCGCCUUGGCUCCCGUAUCCUCUGACCCUUUGUCACCACCUCUGUCAGCAUCUCCACGGGACAAGCAUCCGGGAGGCCCCAGCACUUCCAACUCUUUGUUGUACACUGGUGAUCUGGAAGCCCUGCAGAGGUUGCAGGCAGGCAAUGUGGUCCUUCCUUUGGUUCACAGGGUAACUGGAACCCUUGCUGCCACCAGCACAGCUGCUCAGAGGGUCUAUACCACUGGCACUAUUCGGUAUGCUCCAGCUGAAGUUACUUUAGCCAUGCAAGGCAAUCUCCUCCCCAACACCCAUGCUGUUAACUUUGUGGACGUUAACAGCCCAAGCUUCGGCCUAGAUCCUAAAACACCGAUGGAAAUGCUCUACCACCACGUUCACCGACUCAAUAUGUCAGGACCAUUUGGAAGUGCUGUGAGCGCGGCCAGUCUGACCCAAAUGCCUGCAGGGAAUGUGUUCACAACUGCCGAAGGACUGUUCUCUACUCUUCCAUUUCCUGUGUACAGCAAUGGCAUCCAUGCCGCACAGACACUGGAACGGAAAGAGGAUUGAAAUAUGACCACAUACUGUGUUCAGUGUUAAACUCUGAGGCAUAGACUAUAUUUUAAUUUAGAUCUUUAAUUCUAGCACUUUGAAUUUGAGCAGGUCAGCUUAUUCUCUCAAUAUGAUGGUCCCCAUUUCAUUCCCUUUCUCUUUAACUUGACUUAUUCUUUAAUGUAAAAGAUAUUUUUUUAUUUUUGCCUUCAGAGAGCUGAAGUACCAGUUGCCUGCCAUUUUGUCUUCUUCCAAGAUGUGUAUUUUUUUCCUUUGCAUCUUUAUUAAGAUGCCUUUAAUAUGUGUAUGCCUCUGCCAUAGAAUACUCAGUGUUGUGGUAAAGAGAUUUUAAAGUGACAACCAUUGGGUUUACUUCAAAAUGAUCUUGAUAUGAUCAAGAUUAAAAGAAACAAGCAUAAAACAAUGUGCCCUAUUUGACUAAGUCAAAUGAAAAGGGUUGGGUUUUUUUCGUUCCUAAUUCCUUUAAAAAUAGGGGAUAGUAUUUUAGAAUUUUAUGCAGAGUUUAAUUCACUUUUUAUGGUUAAAAUUUUCUUACUUGCACAUACAAUAAUUUUGGUUCUUAAAAAGUUAAUUUCUGGCCUGUGAUUAGAAUAUUAAGAAGAUGGACUAAAUGUUAAUUACAGAAACGUUAACUUAAUUUCUAAAACCAUGGUGCUAUCAUUUAUUAAUCUGUAAUGUCUUCACACAAUAUGCAGCUUGUGGGCUGGGUUUUUUGAAAGGAAUGUUUUCUGUACUAGUCUAUAGUCAGGUGCUGCAGUCUCCUUGGUUAGUUAAGAAAAAGUCCUCAUUAACAUUUGCUGCAGGACUUAAUUUUUUUUACCUCCAAACUAACAAACAUAGCCUCAUAUUAAAUUUAAAUGGAUCUGGAAGCUUUUUUUGUAAAUGUGCUUAAAAGGAAAAAAAAAGACUCAAUUAAAUUGACUCGAGGAUCAGGUUUUUUAGGUGUGUAUUGUUUCUUCUUCUUUUUCUCAGUGUAACUGAGGCUAAUUUUACAACUUCCAAAUAACACUUCAGAAUAAGGAAAAUAUAUUUAACAUGUUUUUAUUUCUUUCAUUUAAUGUUCUAGAGGGAAGGUUGUAGUUUUUCUUUUGUUUUGUUUCACUCAUUGAUUUGUCUUUUGUAAUUCCCCCCUCCUUCUUCUAGUAUUGAAGCCAAUAUGUUUUAAAGAAUGGGUUAAUAAGCUUGAAAUAGAUAACUGCAACUAAAAACUGCACAUUAAGUUUUUAAAAAAAGAAAGAAAAGAAACCUCCUAUUUUGUCUUUGUUGCCAGAAAUCAAUGUAGUGUCAAACACUCCAAAUGACUGUCAAGUAUAAAUUCUUCUUCCACUCCAUCUUUGGCAGCUGUUUGUUAAGGCAUCUAAUAACAGAUGUGAGAACUGUAAUGUGUACAAUGUGUAAGUGUCCUUUGGCUGUCAGUCCCAUUGCAGUUUCAAUGUGUGUUACUAUAUGCAGUAUAUACUAAGCUAAUGUAGUUGUUUUGUCCUUUGUCUUCUCUGUGCUUUAUCUCUAGUCUGGAGUGGUAAAGUCCCAUUCCUACAGUCCUAGUGAACCAGUGAUUCUUGGGGGUUAGUGGUUUUUGUGUGGUGGCCUUCCUCUGUAAUGUCACCUUAUGCUGCUUCCACUGUCUGUAUACCUUUUCAUUUCUGCUGUUGCUUUGCUGUUGUGUAUCCCCAGACCUCUCUCCAACUCCCCCUCCCCACCUUCUCUCCCUAUUUCUUCCUUUCUCUCUUUUUUCAUUCUCAGAGAUAAAAGACUCUUAACUAGCUCAAGGUUAAUGGAGCCAUUUUUCCCACAGAGGAAUUCUGGGUAUGACUUACUCUUACAGUGUGUGCCACACAAUGCACUAAAGAGUAAUACUCAGAUAUAUUAAACAAAGUGAUGCCAUAUAGCCUCAGUUGUUAACUUUUUCAGAGUCCCUUGUGCUCUAACUGUAAGUAGACGGUGCAUUUCUUUGGUUUUCUCCCAAGUAGGUUAAUGGAGUAAUAUAUAGAGAGCAAUUUCAAGUGAGAUAGAAAAUUCUUUCAAAGGUCAACCAACACCGUUAAAAAGAGAAACUGAGCUUAGGAUUGUCAUAUAUAUAUUUUUGAAUAUAUGUGCAAUGUUAAUGUAUUGUAGCUCAGUUGUCCUCUACGUUUUGGAUUACACACAGUUUAGAAUCUGAGGUCUGAGAAACAGUGGAAUGGAAUAAUGCCUCCAAAGGGCAUUGGAUGCCACAAAUUUUGAUAGUGAACUUUUAAAGGGUUAGAUAUGAAGGAUUUUUAGUAGGUGUCAAGGCCACGGGAAGCUGAUUUGGGUAUACCUUCGGAAGCUCUGCUCUAGCUAUUGAACAAUCAAAGGAGUGCACCUAUCAGCUACAAAGAACAGCUAGACAGCUGUUGUUGUCUUAUUUUUCUUUCUUUCUUUUUUUUUAUAAAUGUUUCUGUGUUGUGUCAAAAUGAUUUCUGGUGAUUUAAACUAACAGAUAAUCACAGCUGCUGUCUAAGUCCAUAGUGUUUAAAAUUACAAAAUGGAAAAAAAAACUUCAUUACCUGUGAAGACUGUGUCUGUGUUUUUAACUAUUUCUUGUACAAAUAUAUGAAAUCUUUUAUGAGGAGACUGGUGCCAAGUAGCUGAAUAAAGGGGAAAGGGAUUCUGUUCGUAUAAAUCUUAGCAGUGUUACCAACUCUACAAUAUAUAAAAAAAAUUAAAAUGUUAAAAAAUGACAGCUAUGGUACAUUUAUUUUGUUAAGCUAACCGAAUCUAACUUCUUGAGUGCCUGGCUUAUUCGAGACAUUUUUUUUUCAUUGAUCAUUGAUAAUGCUGCAAAUCAGAAAUGUACAUACUUCAUUUACAACAGGGUUCUUUUUAUACUUUUGUAGAUUCUCAUACAUGUCAUACAUGGUUGUCUUUAUGUAACUUAAUUUUUUUUCAUCCUGCAGGUGCCAUUUUCAUAAUAAACUUCUCUUGGAUUUGUUA